AUGUGGCAGUAUAACCAGCUUGCUGUAGCAUAUCCUCAAUCUCAACAUGAUCCUGACUAUCCAUCAAAAUCCAGCAAGGAAAAGUUUCCACCAUUCAAAGGUCUUGAAGAGUGGGAAAAGUAUCCAGGAGCAAAGCUCAAGGUGAUCUUGAGAUUGUGCAGGCACUAUUUGUCUGAUGACAAUGUGUUUCCACCACAUAUCAAAGAUGGUCACCUUAUUUUUCCUGAUCCUCCUGCAAUGGUGAAUGGCAAUAAGAAGAUGCAGCAGAUAAAAAUCCUUAUCUUUCAUGAGUUCCCUAUGAUGGAUGAACUCAUCAUGUUGGCCUUCAUUAUGCAUGGCAUUAAAAUCUUGUCACUGAAUGGCUCUGUGAGGCUCACAGCAUGUCAACAGGUGAUUGAGAAAUUCCUCCAUCCUGAUUCAGAUGUUCACAUGCUUCUGCUGAGCCAGGUAGCAUUUUUGCUAGUUGACAUGGCUGACUCUGGAUUGUCUUUGAGAGGAGGAGAGGAACUCAGGGUGGUAAAGAUCCCAAUCAGUUGA